AAUACUGAAUAAAAUGGAAUAGAAUAUUUUAGAAGAUGGAGAUAGUUGAGUCCAUUCCUGAUCUUGCUGUGCAAGAUCCGCCUGGUGAAGACUUCUCAGCAUCUGAUUUGAGUUGGACCAAAUUCGGAACUGAAGAACGUCAUGAUGAUGUUGCCCUUAUUCAUUAUGAUCGAGUUGAUGCUUUUAUCAUUGGAGAGUGUUGUAAUGUGGAAUUCCCAACAAGGUUUCACAUUGAGAGGGGAAGGAAAAGAAGCAAAGGCAGUUUAAAGGAGUAUAAGCCUGAUGAAUAUUUGGAGUACAGGCUGUAUUGGUGUUCCUUUGGCCCGGAAAAUUAUGGAGAAGGUGGUGGUAUUUUACCAAGUCGACGAUAUAGGCUUAACACUCGAAACCGUGCUGCUAGACCCCAGUCAAUGAGGGGCUGCACUUGUCAUUUUAUAGUGAAGCGUUUGUAUGCCCGUCCAUCUCUUGCACUUCUUAUAUAUAACAACAGGCGUCAUGUUAACAAGUCUGGUUUUGUAUGCCAUGGGCCACUUGAUAGAGAUGCUAUUGGCCCUGGUGCAAAAAAUAUACCUUACAUUUGCAAUGAGAUUCAACAGCAAACUAUGUCUAUGAUCUAUCUUGGCAUUCCCGAGGAGAAUGUUUUAGCAAAGCAUAUAGAGGGUAUUCAACGCUACUGUGGUUCUGAUGCCAAAGUGAACAGCCUUGCUGCUCAGUAUGUCCACAAACUUGGCAUGAUUAUUAAAAGAUCUACUCAUGAGUUGGAUCUAGAUGAUCAAGCUAGCAUAAGAUUGUGGGUUGAGCGCAAUAAGAAGUCUGUUUUCUUUUAUCAGGAUGCAUCAGAAAAUGAUCCAUUCAUCUUAGGUGUCCAAACUGAAUGGCAGUUACAACAAAUGAUUCGUUUUGGACAUCGUAGUCUCAUAGCCGCUGAUUCAACAUUUGGUAUAAAGAAACUAAAGUAUCCUUUGUGCACACUUCUUGUGUUUGACUCAAGACAGCAUGCCCUUCCUGUUGCUUGGAUCAUCACCCGCACAAUUGCCAAGCCUGACGUGAGUAAAUGGAUGAAAGCUCUACAUGAUCGUGUCCUUGCUGUUGAUCCAACAUGGAAAGUCAAUGGUUUUCUAGUCGACGAUGCUGCUGCAGAAAUUGACCCCAUAAGGGAGAUAUUUUCAUGUACGGUUCUAUUUUCCCUUUGGCGGAUCCGUAGAUCAUGGUUGAGAAAUAUCAUCAAGAAAUGUAGUAAUAUUGAAGUUCAAAGAGAGAUAUUUAAGCGUCUAGGGGACAUAGUGUACAGCAUUUGGGAUGGAACUGAUCCUUUUGUUGCUUUAGAAGAACUUUCUCAAGAUUUUGUUGAUCAAACGGCCUUCUUGCAGUAUUUCAAAGCCACAUGGGUGCCGAAAUUUGAAAUGUGGCUUACUACAAUGAAGACGUUACCUCUUGCGAGCCAGGAAGCAUCUGGUGCAAUAGAAGCAUAUCAUGUCAAGCUGAAAGUCAGACUAUAUGAUGAUUCACAUCUUGGAGCACUCCAGAGGGUUGAUUGGUUAGUUCACAAAUUGACAACUGACUUACACUCUAGCUACUGGCUUGACCGAUAUGCAGAUGAGAGUGAUUCUUUUCAAACUGUGAAGGCUGAAUAUAUUGCCACCACUUCUUGGAAUAGAGCUCUGCAGAUUCCUGAUGCAUCUGUGACCUUGGAUUGCAAGGAUAGCUCCUUCGCAAAAGUUUUGAGCCAGAAAGACAGCACUAUAGCACGACUAGUUUGGAAUCCUGGAUCGGAAUUUGCCCAUUGUGAUUGUGAAUGGUCAAUGCAAGGAAAUCUGUGCAAGCAUGUUAUUAAAGUCAAUAUGAUAUGUGGGAAUCUUCAAUCGUAUCGACCUUCUAUGUCAUUUCAAUCAUUCAAUGAGAUUCUAGAUAGUCUGUCAAAAAAACCGGCAGAUGAUUCAAUUGCAUUGGAUUUGUCAACAGCAUGGACACAUCAGAUGCUUGAUCAAAUUCGGAAGCUUGUUGAGCUAAACCAGGCAAAUAAUAUUGGCACCAUAGUAAAUAAUAUGCCUUUGAGAUGGGUUGCUAAAAAGGGCAGAACAUCUGUUGGCAGACCAUCAACUCUUGCUCUUCUCCCCUCCAGCGCCAACAAUAAUUCAACUAGUUCUGCUGCUAAAAAGAAGCAAAAACGGAAGAGAUUAUCAAGAUUAUGCUGAUUGCUUGUGGAAGACGGACAAAUUUCUCAUAUGGAACUUUGCAUGGGUGCCAACGUUUUUCCCAGCGGCUACCAGCCCUGGCCGUUUCAUUUGGCAAUGACUAUUCUGCGUUUAAUUCCUUGAUCAUAUCCCAUCAGUUGGUUCCCUGAAUACCUAAUAUUCCCAUUCAUGAUUGUGGGAUUGGUUUUGGUGCUGUUUUAACCAACAUGAUGUCGCCACCAACCAGACAGUCAGAUCGAUGCCAAUCCUCGUGUAUCAAGCAAUUGACUGGUUUCAAGAAAUGACCAGAGAAAUUUGCUCAUCCAGCAAGAAACCUACCGGUGAAUGUGAAUUCCGGGCUUCAUUGGUGUAGAUGCAAAGUGAUUUUGUGGCUACAUCAGAAAUUAUCUGUGAGUCAGUGUACUUCUAGCUUGAGAUUUUAAAAAAUUGACCUUUGAACCCGGUACGUUUUCAGCUUGUCCUAAUCAUCUACACAAAUUUGGAAGCAGAAAUUUUGUAGAAAAUGAAUGUUCAUAUGGAUAACUAUCUUAUUGUUGAACACAAUUGUGGCUUACAAGUUACAACCAUUAGAAUAAUUUGUUCAUGAUACACUGUACAUAUGAUU